AUGGCGAUUAGGAAUUCUACUCCUCAAUAUUAUAAUAAUGUCCAAGAUUGGCGUAGAAUUUACGUCGGAGCGGUAACAAAUGAUAUCGAUGAGAGGACGUUAAGAAAAGUUAUUGGAAAGGCAUUUGGAAGAGUUACUUCCAUUGAAGUCGUUCGUGCCAGGAGUUGCGCAUUCGUAGAAUUUGGUUAUCAAGAAGCAUUUCAACGUGCAAUAAAACAAGGUUUCAUUUACUUAAAUGGAGUUCGAGCAAAGAUUAAAAUGGCACAUAAACCUAACAAAAGUAAAAGAUUUUACAAUUCUGGAAAUGAUAAUGUUGAGGGGUAA